UCCCCCUUUCUCGCCCUCUCUGUCUUCUGCUACUUUCUUUGUUUUGGUGGCACAGUGAUGCGUGUGUGCUGGCUUGUGAGGAAAGAGAAAUGCAGCCAGCGAAUAAAACUGCCACACUUGGAAGCAGUGGUGAUUGGGCGUGGCCCAGAGACUGGGAUAACAGAUAAGAAGUGUUCACGGCAGCAAGUUCAGUUAAAAGCAGACUGUAACAAGGGAUAUGUCAGAGUUAAGCAGAUGGGAGUCAACCCAGCUAGUGUUGAUCUUGUGAAUAUUGGCAAGGAUGAAGAGGUGAAAAUGAAGCCAGGCCAAGUUCUGCAUAUUGUGAACAAACUUUACCCGUAUGUGGUGGAAUUUGCUGAAGACUCAGAGAAAACUGUUACAGGAGUAGAAGAGAAAAUACAAACCACCAAGACGCUACGUGAGGACUCCUGCGAGAAUGAUGACGUAGAGCUUGUGCCCAGAAAAAUAAUGAAAAUGGAGGUGGUGGAUACAGAAAGCAGUUCUGCAAAUCCCAAGCUGGGUGUAUCUCCACGUGAAGUAACUUCAAGCAAAAAGGAACAUUUAGGACACUGGAGUCAGGGUCUAAAGAGCUCCAUGCAAGAUCCAAAAAUGCAGGUUUACAAAGAUGAAAAGACUGUAGUCAUCAAAGAUAAGUAUCCCAAAGCACGUUACCACUGGCUUAUCUUACCGUGGGACCCUGUUUCAAGCCUGAAGUCAGUCACCAGGGACCAUCUUGAACUCUUGGAACAUAUGCAUGCAGUCGGGCAAAAAAUGAUUGAACAGUGCCCUGCCAGAGAGAGUCUGGAGUUCAGACUGGGUUACCAUGCUAUCCCCAGUAUGAGUCAGCUACAUUUGCAUGUAAUCAGCCAGGAUUUUGAUUCUCCGGCCCUGAAAACCAAAAAGCACUGGAACUCUUUUACUACAGACUACUUCUUAAACUCUCAAGAUGUGAUAGAGAUGGUAAGAAGCAAGGGGAAAGUGAUGGUGAAAGAUCAUGUCUCUGAACUUCUCAAAUCACCCCUGAGAUGCCAUUGCUGCAAACAGCAGCUGUCCACUAUCCCACAGUUAAAGGAACAUCUCAGGAAACAUUGGCCAAAAUGACUUUGCAAAAAAUCAUCGUACAACCUGUCUUCAGAUUUCAGGCUAAAACAACGACCUCGAAAUGUCAAUGGACAUGUAUGUUUUUUGUUAACUGGAAUGACAAAUGUAAUGUGGGAAAAAGUAGCCUGGAAACAGCAGCAGACUAACUUUGUAAUAGCUUAGACAAAAAAACCCACAACAUAAAAUAAAAUGACUUCUGAAGUUGAA